CACGGCCGGGGAGAGAAGCCACUAUAUACAUAUGGAGUAGUAGUGGCCUUCAUCUCGGUGUUCCCCAUUUGAGCUAGCUAAGCUGCUGUACUAUAGCAGCAGCUCUUGCUCACCAGCUAGCAGCAAGCUAUACACCUCUCUUUCUCUCCUCUCUAUCUUUCUCAAGCCAAUAUCUCUCUCGCUAAUUCGAUUGGGUUAUCAGGCCUUCAUCGUAAUCCAGCUUCAGCUGUGUGUCUGUGAUUGUGUUUGUGUUGUGUGUGUGAGAGAGAGAGGCGAAGAAAUUAAGAAGAGCGAGAGAGAGAGAGAGCUGCUGCUAUACAGACUUACAGAGGACGAAGAUGAUGUCGUCGAGGGAACGCAAGAAAGCGGCGGCGCUACAGGAGAAGCUGCAAAUCCUCCGCUCCAUCACUCACUCCCACGCUCUGAGCAACACGUCCAUCUUAAUGGACGCGUCCAAGUACAUCAAGGAGCUGAAGCAGAAGGUCGUGAGGCUGAACCAGGAGAUCGCUUGCGCGCAAGACGCUCUCAGACAAAAUCGGGUGACCGUGGAAACCCUAAGACACGGGUUCCUCGUCAACGUCUUCUCCGGCAAGAGCUGCCCGGGGCUCCUCGUCUCCAUCCUCGAGGCCUUCGACGAGCUCGGCCUCAGCGUCCUCGAGGCCACGGCCUCCUGCACCGACACCUUCCGCCUAGAAGCCAUCGGUAGCGAGAACCUGAUGGAGAAGGUGGACGAGCACGUCGUGAAGCAGGCCGUGCUGCGGGCGAUCAGGAGCUGCUCCGGCAGCGGCGGCGAUCACCACGACGACGACGACGACGACGACGACGAGUAAGCACAGAAGCGGAUCGAUCGAGCUCUGUUAAUUUCGAUCUCCUCCUCCUCGCCGGCCGGCGGCGAGCAUGGCCGAUCGAUCGCAGCAAUUGCUCGAAUGAUUAGUCUGUCCUAUUCUUUCUUUCUCCAUUUUCCCCCGGCAUUAAUUUCUUCUCUUUUCUCCUGUCUGAUCUGUCGUCUCCGCCGUCUACAUGGCGGCGCAUGCAUGCAUGAUAGGCUCCUAUAAUUCGGUGAAACGAAGUACACCGAAGCAUUUCCUGUGUAAUAGGACUACUGUUAAUUAGGGGGAGCAUAUCAUCAUAAUUAUUGAUAUAUGUAUAUGUAGUCUAUGGCAAAUAAGAUCAUGUAACAUAUGAGAUGGGAUUCAGAGGCAUACGUUCUGUACUUCAGUACGUAGCUCUAAAUAUUACUGACUCACUGAACAGUGCUACGACCAGCAUGCAUCACAA